AUGUCUAAAGUUGAUGAAGCUGAAAAGUGAAAGAAAAAAGCAGCCGAGCUACAAUUUAAGGUCAACGAAAUGGAAGGAGCCGUUGCAAAACUGCAGAGCGAAGACAACACUUCUGACGCAAAAAUCGAAAGUCUAAAUAAACUUCACGCUCAAAAAGUCCGAGCUCUCAUGAAUUCGAUUCAAGAUCUUAAAAAGCAAACAGCUAUGGCAAAAGCUCAGAACAAAGAAAGCAAUAGAUCAAAACUCAUUGAUAAAUUAAAAACUGAGCUUGUACAACAAGAAAUAGCUAUUCAAGCCUUAAGAGACCUUAUAAGAGAUGAUGAAAAAUGUGAUGAGCAAAUAAUUUGAUAAUAAUAAAAUGGCAGUGGUCUCUCCUCUUGAGUGAUAUUUAAUUAUUAUGGGGUUUGGUUUAUGUGUUUUACCUUUAUCCAUAACGCCAGAAUAUGGCUUACUACAAGGGUAGGGCAGAUUGACCCAAGUAAGAAAGGAAGUAUAGGGGUUUACCGCUUGAAAAACGAGAAGACACCCUUAGGUGGAGCACACGCAGGAGUCAAGCGAGGGCAAGGCCAAAGUGACCCUUGAAGGAUCCUAGAAAGCUUUUUGCCAAGUAGAAGUUUGGAUAUAGGCUUCACUAUUUUAGUUAUGUAGGGUAGUCUUAAGUUGGAGCUAAAAUGGUAGGCUUAUGCAUGUCCAAAUCAUUCUACGGAAGAAAACAACAUUUAAAUAUUGAGUAAUUAAGUAAGUAGGAUUAACAAAUAAUUGAGUAUCUCAAUAAAGGACCACCCCGGAUCAGGCCUCUCAGCAGAGAUCAGAUUAAAUUAAAUUUAGUGAGGGUUAUUUCUGUCCUACCGCCACUUCAGACAAAUCUUUUUCAUGUCGACAUCACCAAAAAAAAUAAUGACGUCAGCUGUCUCUCUCUCAAGACUCAACCGACUACCACAGGUCGAACUCUGCAACAGAGAACUCUCUUAGCCCUGGUAGUGCUCAAGGCACAAGCGAAAUGCCACUACCUCCUUUUGGACUACCCUACCUCGAUCAGGUAUAGCAGUUGCCCGAUGAUGGCGCAUUGAGCGCCAUCAUCGGGCAACUACUAUAUCAAAUUGCUUCCCAUAAGUUUGAGCCAAUUUGAUUGCCAGUAGAUCAAUGAAAAAAGCCAUUCUGGAAAUCAGACACAAGACCUUCCAAAAGAAUGGGAUCCACUACCUGAGGCCUUGGAUCAACUGGCCAUUCAUCCAGAACCUUAUAUUUCUUGCCAUUUUUUAAAAAGUUCUCAUCAGAGAAGAAAUGAGAAUCCAAAUAAGAAGAUUAAAAGGAAAGCUCUCAACUACAUCAAAACGGUCUUCAGAACAAGCAUUAGACGAUUUAGAUAGAAUUUUAAACCCGCCUGACCUUGAAGAAAAUGAAGAAAUGAAGAACAUUGAUCCUCUUCAAAAUGAAAAAAUUAUAGAGCUCUUAGAAGAAAUCGAGAAUUUAAAGCUCGAUUUAAAAUCUAAAGAAACUGCUGCAGAGAGCUUGAAAAAACAAAACAAAAAACUCAGCGAAGCACUACAAAGCAUGCAGAUGAAAGAAAAUGGGUAUGAAAUAAUUGAUAUUAAAGUAAAUAAGCUUGCAGUGGAAAGGGAAGAACUGGUUUCACAGCUAAAUCAGAAUGCUCAGAUUGAAGGACAAACUUUAGCAAGACAUGAUGAACUAGAAGUUGGGCUAAAAGCAGCUCAAGAGCAGAUAAACGGACUGAAGAAAAAGCUUGAAAAUAAUGUGAUAGAAAGGCAAAAAUCCCUUAAAGAGAUUGAAAGACUGCAAAAAGAGCUUGCAAUGAGUUUGGCAAGUGUCAGAGAUCUAGAAGGCCAAAUCGCAUCUCAUGCUACAGACUCUGAAAGUAAAGUGAGCGAUCUCCAUGCUUUACUUUUACAAAAAGAUACGAAGAUUGCUGACCUGGAAACUGAUGUAAUAGAAAAAGACAACGAAAUUUCUGAACUUAAAUCUCAACAAGCCCAGCUAGUAAGAAAGGACACAGAAGAUGGAAAAGACUUUGAGAUUGAAGUUUUAAGAGCCAAAGUCAAACAAUUGACACAAAAAGCUAAUGUCCCUGAAGACUUAAUAGCUGCAGAAAGAUCAGAAACUGAAAAAUACAAACAAAGAGUAAAAGAUUUAACCAGACAAGUUGCAGAGCUCCAAGAACAGGUGGAAUACUUAGAGCAGCACAACAUUGAAGCCCAAAGACAAGGAUCAGCCUUAUACUUGGCUGGAAAAAGACCUGCGGAACCAAAACUCCCUGCAGACUACCAAACCACCAAAGAUCUAUGCGAGAAGCUAAAAUCUGAAAUCAAAGAAAUAAAAAUCCAGCUACAAACCAGAGAUCGAGAGCUGUUAGAAGCCAGAAAUGAGCUUAACAGCCAAAAAGCUGCUGUGGUCGGACUCAGACAAAAAGUAAAGCAAACUGAUGAAGAAAAAGUCGUCCUUGAACAAAAAAUUUUUGGGUUUUCUGCACAGAAGCAAAGCGCAGUGGACGAAAAUUCUACGAUAAAAGAAAAAGUUAUUGAGCAGUCCAGAGAUGUAAUUCCAAAGCUGAGAGUUGGCAUUCCUCCUCAAUACAAUGCAGUGCAGCUGCUAAAAGCUUCUAGAGAUGUGAUGAAUAGGCUUGUGAGAGGCUAA